AUGGAUGUGCUCCAGUUCAUGAGGGAAUUUUAUCAGAAUGCAAGUCUUGUUGGGGGGAUUAAUAGCUCUUUUAUAACCCUAAUUCCUAAAGUUCAAAGUCCUUCUUGCUUGAAUGAGUAUAGGCCUAUCAGUCUGAUUGGCUCCUUGUAUAAAUUACUAGCAAAAGUUCUUGCUAAUAGAAUGAAACAAGUGAUGCCUAAGAUUAUUAGUGAGGUUCAGUCAGCAUUUUUCGGAGGUAGGAAUAUCUUGGACGGUGUUCUAAUAGCGAAUGAGAUAGUUGAUGGGUGGCGAAAAUCUAAUAGAAAAGGCUUGGGCCUCAACAUUUUGCUGAGUAGAGCCAAGGAGUUGGACAUCAUAAAAGGGGCAGAUGUGGGUUCAAAUGGGUUAAGAGUAACGCAUUUACAAUUCGCGGACGACACAAUUUUGUUCUGUGAAGCUAAUAGGAGAGAGGUGAGCAACAUUAAAAGCAUCUUAAGAUGCUUUGAGAUUGCCUCAGGUUUGAAAAUUAACUACCAUAAGAGCAUUAUUUGUGGUAUUGGGGUGGAUGAUGGGUUGGUGCUUGAGUUUGCUGCUAGCCUUAAUUGCUUGUAUCAAAAACUGCCUAUUCAAUAUUUGGGUUUCCAUUGGGGGCUAAUCCAAGUAGGAGAAGCACUUGGAAACCCGUUCUUGAUAAGUUUAAACAGAAAUUGGCCUCCUGGAAGAGAAGGCUUCUAUCGUUUGCUGGGCAUCUAA